UACUAGCACCAGUUGUGUAGCAAUGGAUACUAGUGUAGCACCAGAUGCUAUUGCAGCACCAGAGGCCAGUGUAGCACCAGGUGCUAGUGUAGCAAUGGAUACUAGUGUAGCACCAGAUGCUAGCACAGCACCAGAGGCCAGUGUAACCCCAGGUGCUAGUUUAGCAGUGGAUACUAGUGUAGCACCAGAUGCUAGCGCAGUACCGGAGGCCAGUGUAGCACCAGUUGCUAGUGUCACCUGGACUCCUGUGCUAGGACCAGCAGAAGAUGAGCAGGAGGAGAAGGAGGAUGUUUCCUUGAUUGCAGCCCCAACUGAGAGACCCCAGACUACAACAGUACCUCCCAUCUUAGCACCAGAGUUGACAGGUGGUUUUACUCCUAUUAUUAGUGAAAUUAGUAAACCUAGUGAAGUAGUGCCUGAAUCUAGUGACCUUCCACUCUCUAGUGAAAUAGUUGAAAGCACUGCAGUUCUCCCUGCACAAACCUCAAAGAGUAUCGCUUUGCCAACACCAGAAUCACCUUUGCUUGUAGUCACUGCCAGCAUUCAAGAAUAUGACCACACAGAGAGUGUUAUACCUAGUGACAUUUCUCCAGUAGAUGAACUUUUGUCAACUGUGAUUCCCCAAGAUAGAAUUAUAACUUUAAUUGACAGGCUGCCUAAGCCAGUUGAGUCAUCAUCAGUUGUGUAUGAAUCUACAUCAGAACCCCUCGUUCCUUCAUUUGACAUUGUAUCCCCCACUCUUAUCCCAACAUCUCUUGUUCCAGAAGACUAUGAUUCCUUUAUUGUUACAGAUACAGAUAAAACUCCUGCGCCCCCUGUCAUGGUCUCAGAAAGACCUCUGCCUUCCCCAUCUACCUCUUUAAAAGAAGUCUUACUUACUUCUCCUGAUCCCUUUAAGAGUAUGACCUUGGAAUCUAUAACUACUGCUAUGGAUACUGCCAUAGUUAACACAACCUUGGCUUCUGUCUCUGCUUCUUCCAGUCUCCCGGUAGUCUCACCAGCUUUUCCAACAUUACUAACAGCUCUAACAACAACAGACUCCUAUGCUCACACUUCUUUACCUGCUGACCCUGAGACAGUCUUCCUGGCUCCCUCCCAGUCCCCAACCACUACCUCAGACUUACCUGCCCUGGUUGCCCCGACAGCCACAGAACCAGCUCUUGAAGACAUUGCCACGGAAGUGUACCCACACCUAGAUUCUGCUGCUAUACCUGGAGAAGAAACUGCAUCAGAGGAAGCAGCCAAGAAAGAAGAAGCUGUGGAUGUUCCAAUGUCCUCUCCUCUGCCACCAGCCAGCCCCUCUCCACCCUUCACAACCACCACCACACCAACCAUAACCACAACAAAGACCACAACAACCAAAGUUACCAUACCUGCUUCUACAACCACCACCCAAUUACCCACCACACCCCCGUCAGAAGUUAGCAUCACCUUCAUCAUCCCAACUGAAUCGAUGCCAACUCUGACAACUAUUGUGGAGCUCUCGAAUGGCACGAAGGUUGAUCGUCCUGUGCCCUAUGUGAGGGCACUUGUGGGUUACAGUGGAGCAGAAUUCUGUCAGCACAGGCACAACUUCAGGGCUCUGCUGGCAGAAUGGAUUAGCAGACACAUGGAGGAUGUAGAUGUGUCACCGCAUGAUAUCACAUUCUUCAACAUGCCUGAUUGUAAGUCAGUAAAGCCACUCACUGAGGAUCACCUGAACCAGCUUCCUGAAGACCCCACAGAUCCUGACCAGGAGGCUGAGGAUAAACUGAAUGAGAUAUAUGACUUGGAAAAAACGACAAAUGUCUAUUUCUAUGUCAAUCGUUCUGGCAAGAUUGAUCCAUAUUUAACAGAGCAGUUCCCACUUUUCCCAACUGAACUGGAGAUCAGUGAAGAACUCUCAUACCUUAAGUCUAAGGUAACAGAGUUAGAACUUGUACGUCCAGAUGGUACCACAAACUCCAAUUUAUUGUUAGAAGAAGAAGGAGCAGUUGGCACCUCUGUUAUUGUUAUUAUUGUAAUUUCUACAUUAGUUGGAGCUGCCAUCAUCAUAGCCCUCAUUUUCUUUAUGCUUGUAAGGAAACGUGGUGCUGCCAAUAAUUACUAUGGGAGACGAUGUACACCAGUCAGCAUGGAUGCCUACAGCAUGGACAGCGUCUCUGUUUAUCAUUCCUUUAGAAGGAAAAGCAAAAGACGUGCCUCUGGAAGAUCCAUCAAGUCUUAUCUUAAUCAGGCCUUUGAUGAUCCGAAUGGACCUUCAAGACCACUGAACUUUGCUAAGCUUACACACUUCAUCUCUGACAUUGAUGGAGUUCAUGAAGAGUUUUCUACAAUCCCAGUCAAUAUGCCAAAGUAUGAUGAGCUACCAGCUGGUGUUGAAGAUAAAAAUAGAUAUGCCAAUGUCAUUCCUGUACCAGAAACACGAGUUAUCCUCAAAACGGCAAAAGACUCUCCAACCUCUGAGUACAUCAAUGCCAACUAUGUAAGAGGCUCCAGAAAUGAGUCAAAGUACUACAUUGCAACCCAGGCUCCACUAGAUGACACAGUAGCGGACUUCUGGAAGAUGGUGUGGGAACAAGAAACGCGUGUUAUUGUAAUGUUGACAGACUUUGUGGAAAAAGGUAUUGACAAGUGUGCUGAUUACCUUCCCCCUUCAGAAACACUAGAUUGUCAUAGAGUCUAUGGUGAAUUCCAGGUAACCCUCAAAUCUCGUGACAUGAAAGAAAAAUUUGUGGUAUCUAAUGUCCAACUGAAAAAUCUAGAAAACAACCUGGUCCGAGAAGUGGCCCACAUGUGGUUCACUGGGUGGCCCACAGCUGGUGUUCCUAAUGAGGAGUCUGGUUUUAUAUCCUUCAUCCUUGAGGUCAGAAGGAACAGGAAGAAGCUUCGAGCCAAAGGACCUGUUGUGGUCCACUGCAGUCCAGGGACAGGGCGCACUGGUACUUUCUUGUCCUGUGACAUGGUGAUGCGACAAUUUGAAGAUCAGAGAACUGUUGAUGUUCCAAGGACAGUGUAUUCUAUAAGGAGGGAUAGAGCUGGUGCAGUGCAGACAAAAGAACAGUAUGCCUUUAUCUACAGGGUAAGAUCUUUAUGAAGAUAGUAAUACAAG